AUGGUUCUGGAAAGGGAAAAUCAGAUAGAGAAGUUUGACCGAUACCUAAACGUAGUUGGCACUGGAUACUCCGGCGUUUCUGCAUUUGAUUUCACUACCAAAUGUAUUCUUGCAUCUGCUGUUGAAGGUGAAUGGUGGAGGAUGAAGGACCCCAAUGGCAGGCCCAGUGGCUUGAUAGGAAUUAUGCCCAAAAAUGCUGUUACUUUUAUUGAUAAUCAUGACACCGGAUCAACCCAAAAUUUAUGGCCCUUUCCCUCAGACAAAGUCGUUCUAGGAUAUGCUUAUAUUCUCACACACCCAGGAAUUCCAUCCAUAUUCUAUGAUCAUUAUAUGCAAUGGGGGCUCAAGGAAGAAAUUGUAAAACUGACUUCGAUCAGGCAAAGGAACGCAAUAAGUGAAACAAGUAGUGUGAAUAUAAUGGCCUCCAAUGCAGACUUAUAUGCAGCAAUGAUCGAUGGCAAGAUAAUAGUUAAGCUUGGAACAAGAACUGAUCUUGGAAAUCUUAUUCCCUCCAAUUUUAAAGUUUCUACUUAUGGAAAUGACUAUUGUGUUUCGGAGAAGCAAGGCUAA